CCCCAGCCCCCUCAACAAUUCCGAAUUACCUGGAGUAUCAUACACAUAGCGCUUCUUUCAGCCCUGUCCUUUGUUCCAAGAUGGGUCUGUGCUUCAUAUCCCCUCAUACCCGGGCAUGAAACCCAUCCCUGAACCGCUACCGACCAUUGUUCCCAUUCUGGGACCUGAUUUCAUAUGUUCCCCUAUACCGGAUGACCAGGUUCUCUGCUGGAUGGCGAAUGCGGAGCGCACCUGAUAGCAAAAUUUAGGGAUUGGCUCCCGAGUGGACGUUGAUGGGCCUUAUAUACAGCCCAUGCCGUACUGGGCUAUCACUCGUCCCCUUCCUACACCAUCAACGAGCUUCGGGCAGCCGGACUCAAGUGGAAGCUGACAAUCAUCGAGUGACGGGCGCUUAACGACUCUCUUGACUUCGCCAUGUCUUCUCUGGACGAAAAGGACAACUCCUCCGCCGUCGCGGCCUCUAUCAACAACGUUGAGAGCCAGGGUGAGGUGCACAAGGUCAUUUGGUACCGGUCGUCGUACUACAAUGCAAUUAUCCUGGGACUUUGCAACUUCUGUGCGCCCGGUUUGUGGGGAGCGAUGAACAGCUUGGGCGCUGGUGGCGCGCAGAGCCCGUACCUCGUCAACACCGCCAACGCUCUCAUCUUCUGUCUCAUGGUCCUGAGUGCAUCGUUGUCGUCAUCCCUCGUCAACCUCGUCGGGAUCAAGAUCACUUUGAUCCUCGGGACUCUCGGGUACGCUCCCUACGCUGCCGGCCUAUAUGUCAACAACCGCUUUGGCACCGAGUGGUUCGUCCUCUUCGGCGCCGCCCUUUGCGGUCUGGCGGCUGGGACAUUUUGGAUGGCCGAAGCCGCCGUCGCGCUGUCGUACCCUGAGCCCGAGCGUCAGGGCAAGUUCCUCGGUCUUUGGCUUUCCUUCAGGAUCGGUGGCCAAGUCGUCGGUGGUGCGAUCAACCUCGGCAUCAACGCGAAGAGGAACGAGGCUGGCUCGGUGUCGUACACCGUCUACCUCAUCUUCAUCGCUCUGCAAUGCCUCGCCCCGGUCGCCGGCUUCUUCCUCACGAAGCCGGAGAACGUGCAACGCACGGACGGCGCGAUCGUGAACCUGCAGUCGAAGCACUCGGCCUGGACGGAGUUCAAGCUCGUGUACAAGCUGUUCACGCGCCCGAAGUUCCUGCUCAUCAUCCCGCUCAUUGCGAACUACGUGUACUCCGAGAGCGUGUUCUUCACGUACAUCAGCUUAUGGUUCACUGUCCGCUCGCGUGCCCUCGGGUCGUUCGUGUCCGGUCUGGCUGCCGCCCUCUCGGGUAACCUCAUGGGCCGCCUCCUCGACAACGAGAAGUGGUCCCUCCGCUUCCGCGCUCGCGCGGGCUUCUUCAUCACGGCUACGCUUCAGGGCGCCCUCCUCGCCUGGAACGUCGGCAAUUCGUACCACUAUAUCCGCACCAAGCCCACAUACGACUGGGUCGACGCCGGCUUCGGCAACGGCUUCGCCGUCUUCGUCCUCCAAGUCGCCAACUUCCAACUCUGCUACAUGACCCUCUUCUGGAUCUGCGGCGAGAUCGCCGAGACGCCCGAGGAGGUCGUGCGCAUUGCGGGCCUGCUCCGCGCUACCGAGUCCGCCUCGCAGGCCGUGUCGUACGGCCUCUCGAGUAUUCCGUCCUUCGCCAACAUCGGUGGCGCGGCGCUCAACUUGGGCAUGUGGGGCGUCGCGGUCGUCCCCGGGUGGCUCAUCAUCCGCCAGAUUGGGACGAAGUAUGGGAAGCACCUUCGCGAGCGCCACGAAGACCGUAUCGACCAAAAGCUCACCGAGCCGCAGCUGCUCAACGGAAGCGCGUCGAGAUAGUUGAAAGGGACGACGUCAUUUAAUUGUUCGCUUUCUCUGUCAAUAUUGUGUAUCACUAGUUAGAACCUACAGUUGUAGACUCUAGAGCUUGCUGGAGGGAGAUACUUGGGAGUGUUUUGGAUUACUCGCGGCUAUUUCGAAUAUAUGACUACGUCUCCAAAGACUUGACUAUC